CCAGCUGCAUCAUCGCUCUGUGACUUCAUACCUCUACAACAUAGUCAUUCCGGAUCGCCGUCUUAUCGUUCGCUCGAUGUAAAUCUAACAUUUCUUACGAGAACAAAGAUGUAUUGCCAAAAGUGCCGCACGCCUUUGAAGCUUGACGCCUCACUGGAAGGGCUCAAUCCGGCUUCUUUCGAUCUCUUAGUGGGCUCGACUGGUGUAUCUUUACAGCAACAUCCCAAGCCUCUUCUCAUACAGCGACCAAAUCUUCCCCAAGAGCGACGCGAUCUAUAUGAGAAGGUCUCUCGUCAUUCGCCGACGCCGAUCUCGAAGCGUACGAUCCCAGCGCCACGUCACCCCCAAAAUGGACAGGGUGUUCCCCCAGAGCUUUCAAGAGCAGGGUCGCGGGACAAUUCUGCAAUGUCAUUUGUCAUGCUAACAGAAUCUCAACUUGCGCCAUCCUCUGCAAGUGGGAAACCCUACGUGGACCCUCGAGGUGGAAGAGUCGCCGCUCAAAGAUGGCACAGCGGCAGCGUUCUAGAAGGCGAAAGUACGGACAAAGACUCAUUUGCACAGCGGGUUGAUAUGACAACCAGGCUUUUUGAAAUACUCUCUUCAAGGUCUGACAUCGAUCACCCUAUCUGUGUCGAGUGUACCGAGAUCGUGGUCGAUGGGCUUCAGAAGCGAUUAUAUAAUGCGAAUAAAGAGCGGGACGCGUACGUUGACUUUCUCAAGAAAGUAAACGCCGAUAUUCCAACCGACGAAGAAAGACAAAAAGCCGUUGAGGAUCUUGAAUCAAUGCGUGCGCAGGAAGAGGCUGUGUACCAGGAGCUGCAACAGCUUGAGCAGGAGAAGAUGACGGUAGAUGAGGAAAUUGCGGCUCUUGAAGAAGAGGCACGACAGUUGGACCUCGAGGAAGAGCAGUUCUGGAGAGAUCGCAAUGCUUUUGCGUUGACGCUAUCCGAUUUUCAAAAUGAGCGAGAUGGUCUUAAUCUUCAGUAUGACCAUGAUUCACGGCAGCUGGAGAGGCUUCAGCGGACCAACGUGUACAACGACACCUUUUGCAUUGGACAUGACGGUUAUUUUGGGACCAUCAACGGAUUACGACUGGGUAGACUUGCCAACCCCCCGGUGGAAUGGACAGAGAUAAAUGCAGCCUGGGGCCAGACAUUACUGCUUCUUCAAACGGUUGCAGAAAAGCUCGGGUUCGCUUUUGAGGGCUAUCGUCUGCGCCCCAUGGGUUCUACGUCACGAAUCGAAAGGAUCGAAUAUCCGCAAUCUGCGUCAACUGGUGGAAACCCUUCUGCCGCUCCAACCCCCAAAAUCGCCAUUCUCGAGCUAUUCUCUUCGGGAGAUUUGCCUCUGGGACGCAUGUUCCUCCAUCGCCGGUUCGACAAUGCUAUGGUCGCCUUUCUAGAAUGUCUACGGCAGCUUGGCGAUUUCGUCGAACACGAACCUGCUCAGAGUGGACGCUCAGGGCAUGGAUUGCGGCUUCCAUAUGAGAUCAAAAAGGACCGCAUCGGAGAUGCGAGCAUCAAACUAGGCUUCAACCAGGACGAAGCUUGGACAAGGGCCUGCAAGUAUACAUUGACUUGUUGCAAAUUCUUACUUGCACAUGCUAGCAACGUUGGCAGCUCUGGAAGGAGAAGCUUAUAGUGAUAUUCGUUUGUUCUCUUUUUCUUUUUCUUUAUCAUCCAUGCAUAGCGAUGGAGUUUGGAACAUUGUUGAUGCGGCUUCGUGGUAAAUUAAGGUUAAGGUUAAUAACAAGGACCACCGCCUCUGAAGGGGAACUUUUGGGACAUUUACAUAGGACGCAAUGGUGAUUUUCUCUAACAUCAUUUAUCAUCUCCUAAGACACGCUCACUUCCACAUCAUACACAUAAUAUUUUUUUCUCAAAUAAUACU